CCCCCCAUCUGUCUCUGUCUCUCUCCCUCACACACACAUAUUUAUCUUAGGGUAAAAAUCACUCUGUGUUCUUUUUAAGUCCCUUGGGUUUUAUAUUUAAUUGCUCCAAGUCUGCCUGCCUGAGGCUCCUGUGUAGCCCAGUUAUUUCCCUCUGUACAGAAGCUGUUCAGUCUGUCCUCACCUGGUCUGGAAGAACCCAAGGGAGGCAGUCCUCGCGAGCCCAGCCCUCCUGCCCUCCCUUCCCCACCGGCCCUGCGGGAGCAGCCAGGCUGCCCAUCCAGGCAAGAGACAAGGCAGACAGAGGUGUAUUUGUAAAGAACCGCCUUCGAGCACCUCCUCUCUUUUCCUUUUGCCCAAAAUCACCCAGUGAAUUGGAGCAUUUAAGAAAAUUCCUCUGCCAAGAAGUCCAAGAGGAAAGAAGAAAAGGGUAAGACCUAAGCCAAAAUGAAAUGUACAGUACUUGCUGUGACCAUGGGACUAACUUUGCUGCUGGGAGUCCAAGCCAUGCCUGCCACUCGCCUCUCUUGCUACAGAAAAAUACUAAAAGAUCGUAAUUGUCACAACCUUCCGGAAGGAGUAGCUGACCUGACCAAGCCUGAUGCAAAUGUCCAGGAUCAUUUCUGGGAUGGGAAGGGAUGUGAGAUGACCUGUUACUGCAACUUCAGUGAAUUACUCUGCUGCCCAAAAGGCUUCUUCUUUGGACCAAAGAUCUCUUUUGUGAUUCCUUGCAACAGCCACUGAGAAUCUUCAUGUAUUCCAGACAACACCACCCCAAGUUUUCUGCAAACUGCACUAUAUCCAUGUAAUUGCCUUUCUUGUUUCUAUCCAAUGCAAUAGAGCACAGAUUCUAUAAAUUCUUACUUGUCUAGGACAAGCAAACUUCUGUUGCAUAAGUAGUAAUAAAAAUUAAUUCAACUUAA